AUGUUGCUGCACGCACAGUACAAUGCAAUCAUGGAUGCUUGCCUUGCCUUGCCCACUUGCUUGCUUGCCAGCCUAAUCUACCCACCUAUGCUAUGUACAGUGCUAGUACCCUACCUACCUACUAAGCCCACCUUGUUUUCUUGCUUGUUUUUUUACCGAGCUGGCCUUCUCCAAGCUUGCUCGCCCGCAGCGCACCACUUUACUUGCUCUGGACUCGAGGCGCGCUCGCUGCCCUUCCGCCCCCUAUUGCUGCUGGGUUUCACGUUGGGUUAG